GUUUUGAUUCGAGGCCGUGUCUCCUGAUUGUUAAUUAAUAAUUAUCCAUCUCUUUUCUUUCUUUCUGCUCUUCUUGGAACUGCAGAAGAAAACAAAAGGCCCGGAAAAUCAAAACCAUAAAUAGCUUCAGAGGAAAACGAGAAUGGCGGUCCAACAGGCAUCACCUCCACCAGACAACUCCAUAAGCUACCUCAUCCUCCUAUUCCUCCGCCAUCUUCUCCCCUCUCCUCAUCCCAAAAUUCUUCCUCCCCCACCUCUACUCCUCUCCCUCUCGCUCUCUGAAAUUCAAGAAACAGAAAUAACGGGAAAAAGAGAUUGAUUUGUUGUUGCAGACCCACCAAGAAUCAAGCGGACGGAGCUCAGUGCCGUAACUCUUUCGGCGGCGAGGGGAAGGAAGACGCGAUAGUUCUGCCGUGUAUUUGGUUCCUCUUCUUUCUCUCUUUACAUCUCUGCAUUCGCUUCAUUCCGCAUGAUUGCGUCUUUUCAGUUUCUGGGUUCCACACAGAAACCGAUUCUGCAAUCUGGGUUUCCGUUGGUUUCCCGUGUUGGUUCACUGGAACGCCAUUGAAUUUUCGUCUGAGAGAAUUUUUCAGCUCGCCGGAGGGAAAUAACCGGCCGUCGUCUUCUUCCGGAGAUUGCAAUAUUAGGGGUGCUUUUAUUCAUUCCCCCCUUUCCGAUGGGCGAAUACAGACACGGGGGCUCGUCAAUUGGGUUCGCCGCGAGAAAGCUCCUAUUCUGCGUAUUCCCGUUUGUCUCCGCCGUGCUCAUGCUCUCAUGGUUCUUCGUCCUCCGCUCCUCCACCGCCCGCCCAAGCUUCCUCGACCGCGCAUUUUUACCGACGGUCACCACUCUCUCCGUCGUUAAAAGCGACAUCCCCCUCCACCAACAGCUCUCCACUCCUAGCUCCAUCUCCACCAGGACUCGCGCAAUCCUCGUCGACGACACCGAGCCCACAAAACCAGAAAAAAUCAACAACAUCGUCGCCGCCACCACCGCCAAUCUUGACGCCGGACCCAAGCCCGUGAAUGAUAACAAGCCCACAGCUGCAGAAGAAGAAGCAAUAAUAAGACCCGAAACCAGAGCUGCUAGUGUCAAUGGUGAUGUGAAUUGCAAUGGCGAAAGAAGCCUCGUCAACACCAAACCGCAGCAGCAACAACCACAAUUGAAGGUUUUCAUGUACGAUAUGCCUCCAGAGUUCCACUUCGAGCUAUUGGGUUGGAAGCCUGAACCGGGUCGGGUAUGGCCCGACAUAAAAACCCACAUACCCGGGUACCCAGGCGGACUCAAUCUGCAGCACAGCAUCGAAUACUGGCUUACAUUGGACCUUCUGGCUUCUGAAGUCCCUCAGAUUCCUCGAGCCGGUAGUGCAAUUCGAGUCCGGAAUUCGAGCGAAGCCGACAUCAUAUUCGUGCCCUUCUUCUCUUCCCUGAGCUACAACCGGUACUCGAAGCUGAACCCGCACCAGAAGAAGAGCAGGAACAAUGAGUUGCAGGACAAAGUGGUGAAGUACCUCACUUCACAGCCGGAGUGGAAAAGGUCCGGCGGGAGGGAUCAUCUGGUGAUGGCUCACCACCCGAAUAGUAUGCUGAGCGCAAGGAUGAAGCUGUGGCCGGCGAUGUUUGUGUUGUCGGAUUUCGGCAGGUAUCCGCCCAAUGUGGCGAAUGUGGACAAGGAUGUGAUUGCGCCUUACAAGCAUAUCAUUAAGAGCUAUGUCAAUGACAGCUCGGAGUAUGACACCAGACCAACUCUGCUCUACUUCCAGGGUGCCAUUUACAGGAAAGAUGGUGGACUGGCUAGGCAAGAGCUGUUCUACCUGUUGAAGGACGAAAAAGACGUGCACUUCCAGUUCGGCAGCGUGAAGAAAGACGGCAUCCACAAGGCCUCCCGAGGCAUGCACUCAUCCAAGUUCUGCCUCAACAUAGCCGGGGACACACCCUCGUCGAACCGCCUCUUCGACGCCAUCGCCAGCCACUGCGUCCCCGUGAUCAUCAGCGACGAGAUCGAGCUCCCCUACGAGGACGUCCUGGACUACUCCGAGUUCUGCGUGUUUGUCAAGACCUCCGACGCGGUGAAGGACAAGUUCUUGAUCAACUUCAUCAGGAGCAUCAAGAAGGAAGAGUGGACGAGAAUGUGGACGAGGUUGAAGGAAGUCGAGCACUUCUUCCAGUUCCAGUACCCUUCGGUGGAAGGCGAUGCUGUGCAGAUGAUAUGGCAGGCCGUGGGGAGGAAGGUUCCAGGCGUGAGGAUGAAGAUAAACAGGGCGAGGAGAUACUCGCGGUUUGCUGUUACUGAUACUCAUAGAGGUGGCCGUGGUGGUGGAGGGUCCAGGCAUCAUAUACACACGCCUAAGAACUUUUGGUGAACAGUGAACAGUGAAGUUGAUUAGAGCAAUUGUUUUUCUUUCGUUCUGUUGUGUUAACAUCUGUGACAUAGAAUUGAGACUGUGGGAAGAGAAACUGGCAUUACUGUAACAUUAGGAGAUGAUACACAAUUUUUGUCAUUAAUGGGAAAUGGAGAUACUACUACUCUGCAGAUCUUUCUAACUGCAGUAACAAAAGGGGGGAUUUCGGAUGGAAGGGAAAAGAGAGGCUUGGAC